GUACACGCCGAAGAAGGUGCGGAAAACACCCGCAUAGGAGAUUUUCUGCGACCGCCUCCCCCAGGCACCGAAGUCGAAGUCGAAGUCGAACGAUCUUGCGACUUCGGUGGGAUUUGAAGGGUGAAGUCGAGUCUGCGAAACUCACAACUUGGCUCGCUUUCUAACUUUCCGCUUCCAAACAGCUCCUAAAUUUCAAAACAUGAAAGCGAGGAGGAGCCUCGAGGUGUGGAAAAUGGGAAUUGUGAACUACUUGGAGGCACUGAAGCUCCAGGAGAAGCUUUUCGCCGGACGAAAAGCCGGCGUAGUCCCCGACCUCGUUCUAUCCCUCCAGCACCCCCCCACGUACACGCUCGGGAAAAGGCGAACGCGUCACAACUUGCUAGUCCCGGAGUCCGACCUCACGAGGAUCGGCGCGGAGCUUCACUACACAGAGCGAGGGGGGGACAUUACAUUCCACGGCCCGAGACAGGCCGUUCUCUACCCUAUCCUCUCCCUCCGAGAAAUCGGAUUCGGUGCGAGAAAAUACGUGGAAGGCCUCGAAUCCGUGAUGAUCGAAGUGGCUGCUUCGCACGGCGUGAAAGCUCGUCCAGGGAGAGCCGGCGAGACCGGCGUUUGGGUCGGAGACAGAAAGAUCGGUGCCGUCGGUGUUAGGAUAUCUUCGGGAAUAACUUGUCACGGAUUGGCUCUUAACAUCGACCCCGAGCUCGACUACUUUAAGCACAUUGUGCCGUGCGGUAUCGCCGAUAAGGAAGUGACGUCGUUGAGAAGAGAGACGAAUGCGGAGCUUCCGGCCGAUGAAGUGAUCCAUGAACAGCUUAUUCGAUGCUUGGCGAGAACGUUUUAUUUUGAUGACAUCAAGUUUAAGCAAGAUCUACCAAAAUUUUCAUGAGCUUGAUUUUUUUUCUCUUCUUUGGUCCAUUUGUGUCAGUGUAUGUGUCAAUUGAUUCUUGUUGCUUCAGCAAUUGAUGUGUUUCUAUAUCAGCAAAUGAGUUACUGCAAUGCAAAAAUUUAUGCUCUUUUCGUUAAGAUGGUGAUUGAGAGAUAAGAAAAAGAGCCUCAGGUUGCUCAGAUAAUAUUUGUGGUUCAUAGCAUCCACAGAUUCAAGAGAAACAAAGAGGACGAAAAAUUGUAUCUUAUGCUCUUCUUUUUAAACUAGCUAUCUUUUAUCUA